AUGGCCGACGAAGGACUUGCCGACCACUACCAGGUCUUGGAGGAAUUAGGCCGGGGGAGCUUUGGUGUCGUAUACAAGGGCAUUGAAAAGGCAACCGGCGAAACAGUUGCCAUCAAGCAUAUUGAUCUAGAGUCCAACGAUGACGACAUUCAAGACAUUCAAGCCGAGAUUGCGGUACUGAGCACUUGUGCGAGUCCAUACGUUACACAGUACAAAGGCUGCUUUCUGCGAGGGCACAAACUAUGGAUUGUCAUGGAGUAUCUUGGUGGCGGAUCUUGCUUAGAUCUGCUUAAACCCGCCAACUUUAGUGAAACACACAUCGCCAUCAUCUGUCGAGAACUGCUGCUGGGCAUUGGUUAUCUGCAUGAUGAGGGAAAGAUUCACAGGGAUAUCAAAGCUGCCAAUGUCCUCCUCUCAGAGAGCGGCAAGGUUAAGCUGGCUGACUUUGGUGUUGCUGCGCAACUCAGCAAUAUCAAGUCACAGCGUAAUACUUUUGUCGGUACGCCGUUCUGGAUGGCGCCGGAAGUUAUCCAGCAGGACGGCUACAGCUUCAAGGCAGACAUCUGGUCGCUUGGUAUCACAGCGAUGGAGAUGGCCAACGGCGAGCCGCCGCUGUGCCAUAUCCACCCGAUGAAAGUUCUCUUCCACAUCCCCAAGAAUGCGCCCCCGAAACUUGAGGGCAAUUUCAGCAGGGACUUCAAGGAUUUUGUCGCUCAGUGUCUGACUAAGGACUACGAUCGCCGACCAACCGCUCGGGAGCUUCUCCGGCACCGAUUUAUCAGGGCUGCUGGAAAGAUUGAGGCGCUUCAGGAAUUGAUUGCCGCGCGCCAGAUGUGGGAUGCCAAUCAGAAUCGCCAGAGGCACCCGAUAUACUAUCAGGAAACCUUACAGACCAUGUCGCCCAAAUGCGGAGACCAAGAAUGGACCUUUGACACGGUCAAGUCAGUUGCCAUUGUUCCUGCAAAGAGGCAGACAAUCAAGGUCAGACGUCCUUCUGCCAUGCUCGGCGCCGAAGAGGGUUUCCGCAAGUUGGAUCUCAACGAUGGUCCUCUCGGGCCUUCGUCACCCGCACCCGGAACUGUCCGAAAAGCUACUGCUCGCAGAACACCAUCGCUCGCGCAGGUUUCUGCGAUGCACUCUAACGGCUCCGUCAAGGCCAGUCUGCCUCCCAAAAAGCCUCUCCAGCCGGAUAUGUCCUUUGGAAACUCGGGUUCAACUAUGAGACUGUUCCGUCGCGUCCCAUCAGACAGCUCCACUGGAGGUCAGCUUGGUCGUCCUGCUUCACCGGACGAUGUGUUCUGCGACGAAAAUCAGCCACCGUCCACGGCCGCCCCAGUGGUGCCGUUUGGAAAGGAGGCUGUUCUCGGCCGCCGACUGUACACCAAGGCUAUCGAACCGACCAUGGCCGAACUCCACGCCCAAACAUCUGCCAUGCAGAAGCGCGAAGCUCUUGGCAAGGUCUCCGAUGCCCUUGCAGCCCUCGAUGCCAUCGAUCCCGAAGGUGCUUACCAUCUCAUGGCGAACCUCAUCACGUCCAUGGCAAGGGACAACAAGCUUGACGCCGCAUUUCUGCGUCAAGCCAGCGUCAAGGCGAUGCCCGAUGACGGUACUCCGCAAGGCACUGUGGUGAUUAAGAAUAAUACACCGGCCAGCAACGGAACCGCCAACACAGCCUGCAGCCCAACUAAGCUUGUCCUCAGCUCAAACAACCCCCAUCUCAGGAGCCACCGACGCCGGCAGGCCGAUUCUCCCACUCCUUCCAAACUCAGCGAGAAGAGUUUCGAGAGGGAAAAGUCCAUGAUUGAAGAGAAGUACCCCGGUGGUGAGGCACGCCCGGGAAUGGAGCACUGUAAGCAGCUGGCCGAUGUGCUGUACAACCGUUGGUCUGAUGGACUUCGCAUCCGAUGGCCUCAAGUCUAA